CGCCAUGAAAUUAACUGCUAUGUACUUAAGGCAUAAUUCAAUCACAUAACCUCUAUUUAUUAGACAUUUAUAUCAGUGUAUUUUUUUCUUCUGUCUAAUGUACGAUUGGAUUAUUUCAAGUUAAUAUCUAAAAUAAUAUAUAUUUUCAAACUAUACGUGACAUCUAUAUUUUUGUACAAUAAUAUGUCAAAUUAAAUAAUAUUGAGUGAACCCGCCGCGGCCAUAAAUUAAAUUUGGAUUAGAAUGGUUCAUCAGCAUAUUAAAGUGUACGCGAGAAUAAAAAAGGAAUUGAAAGAUAAAUCUUCGGUAAUUUAUGAAGUCACCAAAACCAAAAAAGAAUAUGAAGAUCUGAUGUUCUAUCCAGGAACCAGCAGUUUUUUGAAUUCAUGCUGUGGAUUUAGGUUUUAUAAAGUUUUUAAUGUAGAUAGUGUACAAGCAGAGGUAUUUGAUACGGUUGCAAUACCUGUAAUUAGAAGCGUAAUUCAGGGAUUUAAUGGUACAAUAUUUGCAUAUGGUCAAACAGGCAGUGGUAAAACAUACAGUAUUACUGGUUCGCCAAAAAAUUAUGACGAAAGAGGUAUUAUUCCAAGAAGUAUACAGUAUAUAUUCAAACAUUACGAACACGUAUCCGAGAUACCUACUAUUUAUAUUUCUUAUAUGGAGAUAUACAAUGAAGUUGGAUAUGAUUUGCUGAGUACUAAACAAUCGAAAAUUUCAAAGAAUUUAGAUGAUUUUCCUCGAGUUACUCUUUUUGAAGAUAAAAAAGGAGAUGCACAUAUUCGAAAUUUGAAUGUUUUCCCAGUUACUACUGAACAAGAAGCUAUGAGGUUUUUAUUUUUAGGAGAUACCCAUAGGACGAUUGCAGAAACUGUUUCUAAUGAGUUUUCGUCAAGAUCUCAUUGCAUAUUCACUCUUUACAUCAAUUUGCGAGACAGCAAUUCUGUACAAUUAAGAUCUUCGAAGCUGCAUUUGGUGGAUCUGGCUGGGUCUGAACGAAUUUCCAAAACUCACACAAAGGGUUAUUGCUUACAAGAAGCGAAGUCAAUCAACUUAUCCCUUCAUUUUUUACAGCAAGUAAUCUUAGCAUUAUCAGAAUCUAACAGGACUCACAUUCCUUAUAGGAACAGUAUGUUGACUCACAUUUUAAAGGAUUCUUUAAAUGGAAAUUGCAUUACUAGUAUGUUGGCUACAUUGUCAAUUUCGCAGUCUAAUAUAGAGGAAUCAAUAAGUACCUGUCGAUUUGCUCAAAAAGUUUCUAUGAUAUCCACGGAUCCUAUCAUCAAUGUCUUAGAUCCACAAAAAGAAAUUCAUUUUUUAAAACUCAAAAUCGAAGACUUAGAAAAGAAGCUGUCUUUAGCUACAGGAUUUUCUAAUUGUAAGCCAUUAAGUAAGCAAAAAAUGGAACAAUAUAUAAUAGAAGUGAAAUCUUUUGUUGGUUCAGACAAAAAAUUGAUAACAGUUGCACCUGAUAUGUCGGAAAUUCAAUUUUGUUUCAAUUUAUUGAAAAAUGAAGUUGAAAACAAAAAGAGGAAAUGCGUUCAGUUAGAGGAUUCUUUGGUGAAGAAGACAGAAGGGAUAUCUAUGCUAAACGACGAGUUACUGAAAAAAGAUAAAGAAAUUUUGCAGUUGAAAAAUAUUAUAGACAGAAUACCAGAAACUCCAGUUCCGUUAAGUACAAUAGACGGACGAAGUACUAUAUCUUCUAUAGAUUCGUUGAAUCAUAAAAUGCAAUAUCUAAGUAUAGAAGACGAGAGAAUUUUAUAUGAAAAGUUUAUGUCAUGUCCAGAAAUAUCCAGUGAAUUGAUAUUCUAUAAAAACGCAUUGGAAAAGCAAUUUAGGGAAGCUAAAUUAUGCGCAGAAACCAUAGAAAAUUGUCAAAAGCAGAUAAAUUUCAUAAAGCAACAAUUAGAUUUACCUUUAAGUUGGAUUGAAAGAAAUCAAUUGAUACCGGAACUUGAAAAGCAGCAAACCAUUUACAAAAAAACAUUGAUGGAUAUUAAGAAUAUCCAAAGUGAAACAGCCCAUUUACAAUCUGGUCUUAAACAAGCAGAAGUUAAAUCCCAACAUAAAUUCAAAGUAUGGAUACAAGAGUGGAGUAAUAAUAAAAACCCUCGAAACGACUUUACCGACCGAAACUCAAAAGAAAUCUCUUAUUUUUCCAAUGCUUCAAGUGAUUAUAAAUUUUUGAAUAAUUAUUUAGGGACUCAUGAAUAUAUGGACAAAAUUAGGAAUAUGAAUACAUUAAAUUUAAAUUCAUUUGAUAAUAGCAACGAUUUUCUAAAUAAACAUUAUUGUUAUAACUCUGACACGGAAACUAAUGAUGUUCCUUCUCUAUCCUGUUUAAAGAAGGACGUUUACUUAAAGCCUAACGCCUUAUCAUUUAUUAGUGAACAUGCAUGUUGUAGUACCAAUUGUAUCCAUUGCUGUGAACAUUUUAAUUCAGAUUCUACUCUACCUCAGUCUUGUUUGGCACCAUCAUCAGAAGAUUUAGUUGCAACCAAAGAUUCGAAUGGAGAUAAAGACAUUUCUGGAGAUUCAGUUUGCAGAAAAGAAUCUAUUCCAUCCAUAAUUACGUUGAAAAGUGGAGGAUGUACUUCAGAUGAAGAUUUAUUUUCAAUUAAAAAAUCACUGUUGUCAGUUAAAGAAGACGACGAAAUAGUCGGUGAUCAUACAUAUAGAAAAGUAGCACCUGAGAAAGAUGUUGAUACCUAUAAUGGGAUUGAGAAAUAUUUAAUGGAAACAGAUACUCUAGAAUUUAGAGAAUUCAUGAAAAGCGUUGCUCUUACCGGUAUAGACGAAAUUGACAAUGAAAUUUUUUGUUUUUAUAGAAGUAAAUUUUGUUAAUAAAUGUUAAUAUAUGAUAGUUAUCAUACAUUGGAACAUUUUUCACAUAAUUAUAGUGAUUUAAAUUCGUUAACAAAAGUGGAUGUUUGUUUAUCGGUAUGACUUUGAAAGCGCUAUAAAUCUUAGUGAAUUAAAAGACAAAAAGAAAA